UAAGGAUGCCUGAGCCGGCGAAAUCUGCUCCAGCACCGAAGAAAGGUUCUAAAAAGGCGGUGACUAAGACUCAGAAGAAGGGCGACAAGAAGCGCAAGAGAGCAAGGAAAGAGAGCUACUCCAUCUACGUGUACAAGGUGCUGAAGCAGGUGCACCCCGACACGGGCAUCUCGUCCAAGGCCAUGAGCAUCAUGAACUCCUUCGUCAACGACAUCUUCGAGCGCAUCGCCGGCGAGGCGUCGCGCCUGGCGCACUACAACAAGCGCUCCACCAUCACGUCGCGGGAGAUCCAGACGGCCGUGCGGCUGCUGCUGCCCGGCGAGCUGGCCAAGCACGCCGUGUCCGAGGGCACCAAGGCUGUCACCAAGUACACCAGCUCCAAGUAAAAGGAUUUAAAAUUAUAAACCAAACGGCUCUUUUAAGAGCCACCACACGUUCCUAAUAGAGCUGUGAUCGCUAAUACGGUCUAGUAUUUUGUUUUAAGUGAGUUACGUGACGCAAAUGCAAAAAUAAAGGUACUAGCUUUUGAGGCUACUUUCACUCUGCACGGCUAAUUUUAGCAAUAACAAGCUCUUUUUUAUGAAAUCUGUGUGCGGCUCUGAAAAGAGCCUUUGUGUUUUAGACAUUAUCUACUUGAACAAUUGCAGUUUAGCCGCCGAAGCCAUA